GGAUGCUAGCUAAGUAUUUAAGUGGAAAGUCUAAAGAUGCAUAGGAUGAAUGCAUAGAUUUGUGUGUAUUUGCUUACAAUACUUCCAGACAUGAGUCUUCCUUAUACAGUCCGUUUCAAGUAAUGUUUGGAAGAAAAGCCAUACUUCCGAUUGAUCUCCAGGAGGGAUCAACACCUAGUGUUCCCAUGAAUCAGGAUGAGAUAGCUGAAGCUAUAGAAGUAAUGACUAACAAUCGAAUAGAUAUUUUUGAAAAUGUGAAGGAAAAUAUUGCUAAAGCUCAAAAUAAACAAAAGAAGUUAUAUGAUAUGAAACACAGCAAUCCUUGCAAGUUUAAGAUUGGGGCUUCUGUACUAGUUAAGGAUUUCAGAAGGAAGAAGCGCAGAGGGGGAAAGCUUGACGGCAGAUGGUUGGGGCCAUUUGCUAUCCCAUAUAGAAAAACCAAGGUUGCUACAACUUUGCGAGGUUGUGACCCAGUUGUUGCAACCUUGAAAUUUCUAUAUGGGAUUGUAGAAGACUGUGGAAAAGGAUUUUAUCGCCUUAAAAAUAGACAAAAGAUUAUUAAAAGAGUAAAUGGUGCACACCUUAAAAUCUACAAACGCCCAUGUAACAUGGCAGAAGAUAAGCUCCAGGUUGAGCAAAGUGAGGAGACAAGUAAUUGUGAUUCUUUACAACUAAAUUCUAUAACAAAUGAAACUUUUAAGGAAGAUCUGCAAUUUGAAGAAUUUUAUGAGGUCAGUGACCCUCCACUCCCUCCUCCAUUGAUGAAAGUAAGCACAAGUGCAUUUGAUGAUGAUCUACAACCCAUUAGAAAGAGAAGGAAACAAAUAGUGCAGAAAAAAGUCAUUGAGGUCAAAAAUUCUGCAAUCCCUCCUCCAAUAAUGGAACCUCACACAGAAACAUCACACAACAGUGCUUCUUUUGUGGUCAUUAGAAGGAAAAAGGAACAGAUUUUUAAAGAUGAAAAUGAAGUGUGCAAUAAACAUUCAUCUACAUUGAUCAAGUUAAACACAGCACCAAUAUUAAGUACUACAUUUGCUGAAUCACUGAAAUCAGAAAAUUCUGAGGUAUUUAGCAAUACCAGUUUGAUCUCACUGAAUGGAAUACUCUCUAGUACAAUGGUUGUAAAUGGUCGUUUUAUUCCACCAUUUUUUCCUGAUGAUGUCACUUGUCCUGUUUCUCCAAUUAAGAAGCAAAGUAUACAGAUCUCACCAGUUACAGAGCCAUUACCAAAUCACCACAUUGUUCGACCUCAACCUGUUAAAGUACGUGUGACAGAACCAGUUAAAGCUAUUGCUUUUAAGAAAAGACAGAAGAAAAUAGAAGAAGUUACAAAGGGCUCUGCUAUAAAAAUAGAUUUGGUCACUGAGAAGUCUCCUGAAAAGGGCAGAAGAGUACAUUAUUCAUCUAAAACAUGGGUUAAAAAACCACUAACAAUGGAAGACAAAGAUGUGUUACUGAAAGGCAAAUGGUUGAAUGAUCACCUACUUGAUGCUGGACAGGAGCAUAUGGAUUUCAAAGUGUUGUGUUAGGUCGCACAUUGGCUUUCGAUGUAUUGCAAGGAAAAGAGUUUGUUCAAGUGUUAUAUAAUGGAAAAAAUCACUGGGUAACUGUUUCAACAGUUGGUUGUAAAGGAAAUGAAGUUGAUAUUUAUGAUAGUAUGUGUCCAUCAUUAACACAUAAAUUACAAGAACAAAUUGCUGUUCUGUUACACACUAGCAACCAGUCAAUUGUUGUGAGGUACAGACAAUGUCAGAUGCAAGUUGGAUCAGUUGAUUGUGGUGUUUUUGCACUUGCUUUUGCCAGUGUUUUGGCUAGUGGUGGUCAUCCAAGCAGUCACCAUUUUGAACAGCAGUUAAUGAGAGGUCAUCUGGAAAAGUGCAUUGCGUCAGCUUCUUUUACACCUUUUCCUGUCAGGAAGUUAGGCAGACAGAAUAACAAAGUUCGUCUGAUGAAAGAAAUUGCUAUAUAUUGUGACUGUAGAAUGCCAGAAAUCUUUUCAAAGGAAAUGAUCAACUGCACUUCCUGCCAUGAAUGGUAUCAUCUGUUUACUUGUAUCCCAAGAAAAGCUUCAAACAUUGACAAAUGGAUUUGUAAUUCCUGUAAUAUUGCUAAAUCAUGAUUCUCUUACUAUAGACAUGUGAUUUGUUAUUUUAUUGGUGGACCAAA